AUUUCCCGCCCUCUUCGUCUCCCAGGUUAAUCAUAAAAUCCUGACGAGGUUUCCUCCGUAUCAUCAGGUGGCCGUUCUCCAUUUCCCAAGGGAAAAUUUUUUCGCCUGAAAAAAAACUUCCCGGACAGGAAUGGCGGCGGCCACCACCACCAAUAGGAGGAAUUCCCCGGACAGAAAAAGCGAGCAACUGGUGGCCGUCGCCGUCGACAAGGACAAAGGUAGCCAGUUCGCCCUGAAAUGGGCGGUCGAGCAUUUGGUUAAUAGAGGGGAUUCCAUCGUUCUUCUUCAUGUCAGGCCAAAAUCAUCCUCAGCAUCAUCCGGAUCCGCUCUCAACCCAUGGGGAACUCCUAGUUCCAUCUCCGAUCCAAAAGACGACGGUAGUGGUAAGAAGCAGUCACAAUUCGAUAAUGCAACCAAGGAGCUCUUCCUUCCAUUCCGCUGCUUCUGCUCCCGGAAAGAGGUAAAAGCGAUCGAGGUACUUGUGGAGGACGCAGAUAUACCAAAGGCAAUCAACACCUACUGCAUUGUCAACGGGAUUGAGGUGCUUGUACUCGGAGCGCCAUCUCGCGGCGGCAUCAUUAGGAGAUUCAAGCUCACAGAUGUGCCCAACAAUGUUAUGAAAAUGAUCCCCGAUUACUGCACGGUGUAUGUAAUAGGCAAGGGGAAGAUCCAAUCCAUCAGAAACGCCACUGCGCCUCCGCCUUCCAGACCCAACUUUUUCGUAGAUGGCUCUAGAUCCUAUCGAAAGGACUAUUCGCCAUUGAACAGCAUGAUAGACGACGCCUCCUCGUUGAUGUCGUCCGGUGGGGGAAGAGCUUCGAGCGUGGCAGAUAUGGACAUUUCGUUUGUCAGCGGUGCAAGGAUGAGCAGUGUGGACAGAAUCCUUUUCCCUUCCUACGGUGACAACAGCGAGUUCGAUGUCAGCUCCAGGCUCUCGGCGGUUUCCCAAUCCGACAUUAUAAGCGUGGCGUCGUCAUACACAGCGUCUACGGAUUUCGGUGCGUUCAGUGAAUUCUCGACGUCCGACAUUGAUAGCGCCAGGCUUUCCUCUGCUUCCCAGGGCAUGGAGGAUGCGGAGUCUGAGGUGAGGAGGCUGAGGCUAGAGCUGAAGCAAACAAUGGAGAUGUACAACAAUGCUUGCAAAGAGGCGCUCACUGCUAAAUCAAAGGCAAGGGAGCUUCAGAGAUGGAAGAUGGAUAAGGAGCAAAAGCUUGAGACAGCAAAAUUGGCAGAGGAAGCGGCAUUGGCAGCCAUCGAAGAGGAGAAAGCCAAACGCAAGGCGGCCCUGGAGGCUGCAGAGUUUGCUCAAAAGCUCGUGGAGAAGGAAGCCUUGAAUCGGAAAAACUUUGAAGAAAAGAAAAAAACAGAGUCUCUGCCUUACGGCGACCUCUGCUGCCGCCAAUACACAAUCGAAGAGAUUCAAGAAGCCACCAACGGUUUCUCCAGCUCCCUCAAAAUCGGCGAAGGAGGCUACGGUCCAGUCUACCGCUGCAACCUCGAUCACACUCCGGUGGCGAUCAAGGCCCUCCGCCCCGAUGCGUCCCAAGGAAGGUCACAAUUCCAACAGGAAGUGGACGUUUUAUCUCGAAUCCGCCACCCCAACAUGGUCCUCUUAAUCGGAGCUUGCUCGGAGAAUGGUUGUUUGGUCUACGAGUACAUGGCUAACGGGAGCUUGGAAGAUAGGCUGUUCCGGCGAGGGAACACCCCGGCGCUGUCGUGGCAGCUGAGGUUCAGAAUCGCGGCAGAGAUCGCGACGGGCCUCCAUUUCCUCCACCAGACGAAGCCAGAGCCGUUAGUUCACAGGGAUCUAAAGCCAGGAAACAUUCUCCUCGAUCGCUACUUCGUCAGCAAGAUCAGCGACGUUGGGCUGGCGAGGCUCGUCCCGCCAUCGGUGGCCAACAGCAUUACGCAGUACAGGAUGACCCAGACUGCGGGGACAUUCUGCUACAUCGACCCGGAGUACCAGCAAACCGGAAUGUUGGGAACCAAAUCGGACAUCUAUUCAUUCGGAAUCAUUCUGCUGCAACUAAUCACGGCCAAGCCACCGAUGGGGCUGACUCACUACGUCCAGCGAGCGAUCGAGAAGGGGAACUUCGCCGACGUGCUCGAUCCGGACGUGCCCGACUGGCCCGUGGAGGAGGCGCUGGCGGUGGCGAAAUUGGGGAUCCAAUGUGCGGAAUUGAGGCGGAAGGAUAGACCGGAUCUGAAGGACGUUGUGCUGCCGCAGCUCAGCAAGUUGAGGGAGCUCGCCGAUGAAAAAAUGGAGAGCUUCUUCUUCACCGCCGCUGUCACUGCCGGUGGGGGGAGCCUGGUCGGGUCGCCGUAUAAAACCUCAAUCCAACCGAUGAGUGAACUGAUGUCAGGGUAUGAGAGCUCCAGGAGUCGAUACAGUACGUCGUCGUUUUCUAGUGCUCAAUAGUGAAUGAUUUUUUUUCAACACGUACGCGAGUGCAUUGACUGAUUGUCAAUGCGAGCGAGUGCGUGUUUUGUCUCGGAAGGCAAGAUGGCUGUAGGUGGCCACAAGCCCGUAUAAAAUAGCUCUGUGCACCUGAUAAAUUUUUGUGAUAGCUUUGUAGAGAUGCCAUGAGAUGAGAAAAAUGCCAAACAUCAUCUUUGAUUAUUCAACACAGCCCCAAAUAUCAACGAAUGGUUAAUUAAUGAGUGAUUAGUUU